AUGGAGGUGAAGAAAGAAAUUGAAGUUCGAGAUAAAUAUGGAGAUGGGGUUUCAUGGUUUAGGGGUUCAAUGAUAGGAAAAGGGAGUUUUGGGUGUGUUUAUUUGGCUAUUCUCAAGAACCCCAUAUUGAAACACAGUUAUUUUCCAUCUAUCAUGGCUGUAAAAUCGGCUGAGGUUUCAGUUUCAGGUUCAAUUCAGAAGGAGAGAGAGGUUUUCAGCAAUGUUAAAGGCUGCCCUAACAUAAUUAAAUGCCUUGGUGAAGAGAUCACAAUGGGGGAUAAUGGUGUGAUGGUGUAUAACCUGUUGCUGGAGUAUGGCUCUGGCGGAACCUUAGCCGAUAGGAUCAAGAAAUUUGGUGGCAAAUCGUUGCCCGAAUUUGAGGUUAAGGUAUAUGCAAAUUGUAUUCUUAGAGGUUUAAAUCAUAUACAUGGUAUUGGGUAUGUACAUUGUGAUUUGAAGCCGGAUAAUAUUUUGCUUGUGUCGAAUGCUAGAAGAGGGCGAGGGGGGGUUAGUGAGUUUAGGGCAAAGAUUGGGGAUUUUGGGUUGGCAAAACGAAGGACGAAACAGAGUAUGAAGAGGAAAUUAGAGCCUUAUUGGAGGGGUACCCCUAUGUAUUUGUCACCGGAGGCUGUAGUGGAUCACGUGCAAGAGGCUCCGUGUGAUAUUUGGGCGCUUGGGUGUAUUGUUCUUGAGAUGUUAACGGGGCAACCUCCAUGGGAAGGAGAAGAAAAGUUGAAUGCUGAUGAUAUUCUUAGGAAGAUCGGGGAAGGGAAUUCAUUGCCUAAAAUACCGAAUGAGAUAUCACAGGAAGCAAGGGAUUUUCUUAAGGGUUGUUUUGUGAGAAAGACCGUGUAUAGAUGGACAGCUGAAAUGCUGUUGAAUCAUCCAUUUGUUGAAUUUUUGGACAAUGGUGAUGAGGUCGAAGAACUAGAGGACGAGGAAAGCUUGAAUGAGAUCAAACCCAUUUUGCUCGUAACUGAGUGUGACGAUGAAUUUAGUUGUGAUUUGUCUCCAGAUGAAUGGGGCUUCUCGUCCGAGGAGGAUUCCCUAGUUUAUUUUUCCAGAGAAGAUGCAGAAAAUGUGGACGAUGAAAUCGUAUCAAGUUUUUCUGAAGGAAAAUUGAAAAUGGAAGAAUUUAAGGGUGGCAUGAUCUCAAGCACUGAUGCCGGAUUUGAUCAAUCAAUUAAGAAAUCAAUACAAAUUUCAUCAGAACAAUUCCCGCAGGAAUAUAGCAAUUUAUAG